GUGCGGGAGGGGGAAACCGUUUGCGGCUAUGAGAGCGGAACGAGUAUUUACCUGCCUCGUCCACAGCGAUCGUCCCUUCUCGCAUCUCUCGCCUGAUGAUCCUAUCUGUUUGUGUAUCGAGGGAGGAUGGAGAAACGUAUCAGCGGGUGCAUCGCAUGUUUAUCCGAUGCACGAUAAGCAAGCAAGCAAGCUGUGCGGGAAUUGAAAGACGAGCGGACCAGGCGAUGCACAAAGGGAAGUUGCCAAUUUGCCCUGGGUUUCAGCCCUAUAGCGUAGUGUCAACAGGUCGGACUUAACACGCGAGGAGGAUAUAAAGGAAGGAUAGAUAUCAUCCUUCUUGGUCUCCAUACCCCGUAUAAUCAUACUCGCUCUUUUCUCACACCUCGACCACAACCCAUACGUAUCAACAUGAAGUACACCCUCGCAGCUAUACUCACGCUGGCUAUUUCAGCCGUCGCUGUUCAAGUGACGUUCCCCUCUGAGACGGAAGGAUGGGAGACCAACGGUUCUCAGUUGGUCGAAUGGAAGUCCGUUUCUACGGAUCCCACGAGCUGUGAUAUUGAACUCACGACCCCCAACAACAAUACGCCCACGACCAUUGCCAAAAACGUCUCUGUCGCCGAAGGAUCAUACAUCUACACGCCGAGCUCCCCGCUUCAAGCAGGUAAUGGAUACAGGCUCAACCUCGUCGCUUCGGGAACCAUCUCCAUCCUCGCGCAGAGCCCACAGUUCAACGUGACCCAAGGCACGAGCACCGUCACACCUACCUCGGGCAUGUCGCAAACGUCAACGUCGGCUACUCACACUUCCACCACAACCUCCAUGUCUGCAUCGGCUUCUGCGAGUCACACCAGCGGCGCUGCGACCCAUCUGACCGCUCCUGUUUCUGGUCUGGCUCUGUUGAUACUUGGUGCGGUUGGAGCCAUGGCUUGAGACCCCGUCUCACAAGGACAAUUUUUUACAUCACAUACAUCAGGACAUGCUACAAGUUAAUGA